CUUAUAUUACAUAGAUCAUAUACCUAUAUAACCAAGAAACGGAAUAUUAUAUUAUGUGUCCGUGAAUUAAGGUUAUAAUAGGGACAUGUCACAUGAGGCCUUAAGGUCUGAUAGUGUGACUACAAAAAGUUUGUUCACUGAUGCCGGCUGAGUUCAUACUGAUGAAAAAAAUUACCGAUUAUCAUGACUAUGAUAAAGUUUGUAAUUAUAACACUGAAGAUUGAACUCGUAUGCUUUGCUUUCUAUGUGAAAUUGAACAUUCUGCAUGAUCAUUUCAUGAAUCAACACAUACAAAUUGUAAAAGUCAACUCAGAUGCUAAUCAUUUGUCUGGCAUUCUAUUGAAUGUGCCAUUCAAUAACCAAAUACAAGUUGUACCUGGUCAAAUAAUACAAAGUGUCCAUGGGCAACAAAUGUCUAUUCAUUCUACUACUCGAGAAAAAAACCAACUAUUACAAUAUAAUUCGGAGAACAAUCGACAAUUUCAGCUAUUACAACUUACCCCAACACAACCACAGUUGUUUCAAGUACCAGCUAAUUGGCAAACAUUUUUUUACCAAGGGACACAAGUUGGUAAUACACAGGUUAUUUCCCAGUCACAACAACCACAGCCAACGUUAAUUAACAUAAAUGGGAGUAUAAUGCAGUUGGGUACUACAAUUACUAAUGAUUCUAAAACAGUAGUUGCUCCAUCAGUUACUACUGCAAUAGAACAAGGAGUUCUUCAACAAAAUAGUUUAAUGAUGCUACCAAAUAAUAUGAUUGGUAUAACACAAGACAUACCUUCAACAUCAAAUUUGUCCGAAGAAGAACCUCCCUUAUACGUAAAUGCCAAACAGUAUCACAGAAUCAUGAAAAGAAGGCAAGCUAGAACAAAACUAGAAGUUGAAGGAAGAAUACCUAAAACUCGAAAAAAAUAUUUGUACGAAUCUCGUCAUAAACAUGCCAUGAAUCGUAAACGAGGAAAAGGUGGUCGUUUUUGUUCUAAAUCAUUGCAGAAAUGAUAAAUAUCAGCCAUUCAAAUUCAACAAAACCAUCAGUGUAAAAAUCCAAGAGUCAAACAUUGUUACAUUCUGGCUGAUAAUGAAGCAUUUGAUAGAAUAUAAUAUUACGUAUCUACAAUUAUCUAAUAGUUUGAUUUGUAGUACAAAAAGUAUGGAUAUCGCACCUAAUAUUGUCUUGAAAAUAAAAUCAACAAUUUUUAUAAACAAUUUAUUUGAAAUAAGUGUUACG